CGCAACCUUUUCCAAAUGGCAGUUCUGUUACAUAAACCCAGUUUGAAAGCAAGCGAUCCUGAGCAUGACGAUUGUUCUCGCGGCCAUGGAACGGACGUGGACAAUCUCCACGCACUAGGCUACAAGGCGGAGCUGCGUCGCAACCGUUCCAUGUUCACGCUGCUUUUCCAGUCUCUGGCUGUAGCGGCUGUAUGAUAUUACCCAAUCUCUUCUGGGUGACCUGCUUCUGAUUCGAUACUUGGAGAUUCCGUAUGGAUUCGGCUCAACGCUUAUAAGUGCAGUGUAUGGCGGCGGACAGCUGGCCAUGUUUCUAGGUUGGGUAUUGGUUUGUGUUCUCGACGAGUGCAUUGCAAUCUCGCUCGGGGAACUUGCAGCCAAAUACCCGACGUCUGCCGGACCAUACUACUGGUCGCACCAAAUUGCAAGCCCGCGAUACAAGACCAUCCUGUCGUUUAUAACGGGCUGGACGUGGCUAAUUGGCAAUUGGACCAUCACGCUUUCUGUCAAUUUUGGGUUUGCGUCGCUGCUCGCAGCCGCAGUCAACCUGUAUGAGCCCGCCUAUGAGUGGCAGCCGUGGAAGCUGGUGCUAUUGUGCUACGGGCUAUGUGUGACGACAUGGUUCAUCGUUGCCUUCGGCAACAGGUUGCUGCCCUUCGUUGACACCCUUUGCGCCGCAUUUACAGCCGUUACGAUUCUGGUGACCUGCAUUUGGCUGUCUGUAGAGGCAAAGGAGGGUCGACAUUCUGCAGCAUAUACAUUGGGGCACGAGGAUGUCACAUUGUCAGGUUGGGGUAACUUCUCAUUCUUCAUCGGCAUUCUGCCACCGGCUUAUACGUUCUCUGCCCUUGGCAUGAUCACAUCGAUGGCCGAGGAAUGCGGCGACGUGGCCAUCAAGCUUCCCCGUGCUAUCUCACUUGCAGUGCCAGUCGGCUUCGUGGCGGGAUUGUUUUUCGUCAUCCCGAUAUGUGCGACGCUGCCUGACCUAUCCGACAUACUCAACGCGCCGCUCGGCCAAGCCCUUCCAUACGUUUUCCUCCGCGUCUUGGGAAAUCCCGGCAGUGCGCUGGCACUCACAGUGCUGAUUCUUAUCAUCACGAUGUUUUGCUCCAUCUCGAUCACUGUCGCCGCAUCUAGGACAACGUGGGCUUUUGCUCGUGACAGUGCCAUUCCUGGUGCUCGACUGUGGUCCCAGGUGAACGAGAAGCACGACACACCCAUAUGGGCUUUGACUCUCACGACACUGGUUCAGAUGUUGCUUAGUCUUAUCUACCUGGGAUCAAGCUCCGCCUUUAAUGCAUUCGUUUCCGUUGGCGUUGUUGCCCUGGCUGUGUCCUAUGGCAUUCCUAUCGCGCUGUCCAUGUCCACUGGUCGAGCUGCGGUCAACACCGCGCCGUGGACCUUUGGCAAGAAAGUGGGCUGGGUCAUCAAUUCUGUUGCGGUUUGUUGGAUUGCCUUUGAGCUUGUACUUUUCUCCAUGCCGCCUGCCAUUCCAGUUACGCCUUCGACGAUGAACUACUGCAUUGUGGUGUUCGUUGGGUUCAUGACCCUUAGCGCUGCGUGGUACGGCAUCCAUGCGCGCCACGUUUACAAGGGUCCCCCCGAUUCUGACGGACUUGUGGCUAACGCCUGACGGUGGAUCAUAUGGGGCGACAGCAGGGAGUCUCUGGGCAAGGAAUAGGGGUCUCACAUGUGUACCAAGUAACUCGAUUGUAGCAG